CAGCUCCGCUAACAUAGUAGCGCUUGCGACAGCUAGGUGGGGUCGAAAAGAGAUAAAUCGGGAGGCUGCUGGCGCACCCGGGGGACGCGGCACCAGUCGCACACGAACGAUCAUCCGCUCCACACGCUUCUCCAAACCCAGUUAGAUCACCCCUAUUCAAGAUGUGGGAUGACGUGAUAGAAGAGGACGUCCCCGCGCCCGCCGAGCCCGAGCCAGCGCCCGAGGCUGCCGAAGCCGCCCCCGCCGAGGCCGAGGCGGCCGAGCCCCCCGAGCCCGAGGCCAUUGUCAAAGGAACAGAGCCCCAAAAACUCGUCUUCAAACAUUGGGUCAGGCCUAAAUUCCUGCAGUACAACUACCUGUACCGGUACCGGUGCAACUACUACGACGACGUGAUCAAUUACCUGGACCGACGGAACAAGGGCCUGCCGGCGGAGAAGCCGCGUGCGCAAACGUGGGGCGAGCGCGCGCUGCGCACCUACCUCGCCAACUCCUCCUCGCAGCGCUCCAUUCGCAACCAAGACUCCAACCUGCUGCACCACAUCUCCACCGGCGCACGCUUCCACCGUUACCACAGCAAGUCCUUAAUCUCGAGGAUUUCGUUGGUGUGAUGCCGCCCAGCCUGGCCCGCGCGCUCAGCUCGGCCGAUCCAGAGCCGUCCGCAUUCCUUUUUUAAUGUCCUAAUUGGGUAAGACAAUAAACUCUUAAGUUAACUA